AUGGACCAUGUUCUGGUGCCCAGAAAUCCUGCUUGGGACCCACCAAGGAUCCCAUACUACUGCCUCGAAGAGUACGACAGAGGCGACUUCAGCACAUACCCUGAGCGUCAAGGCUGGAUCCACGAAGAGCUGUUCACAAGGACCGAGCUGGAUAAUGGUCGUUCCAGAGGGCAGAAAGCAACGGCCGCCUUUCUCCAGCAGUGGUUGUUUUUCGGACUUCUUCAUGCAAUGUUUGGCGACGAUAUUAAGUUCCAGGACUACAUCGACGUUGAUAACGACGGAACGAGAUACGUCCAUACGAGAAACCUGCUCGAAAAUGCAGAUCAACUCCGCCAGAAGCGGGACUCCGGCGUUAUCUUGGAAACGGACACACCUCUCUUGGAUCGCGCUUUGAGCACUGCCAACCGCGCUUAUGGUUGUGUUGGUGCUCAUACGAGAGCUCCAUUGGACCCCUACUUUCUUCUGUCCCUGGCGCUGCUGGGGCAAUUCCUAGGUCGCAUGCGAGCUUCCCUAAUUGGGGAAGGCCAGCUCCACACAUGGACUCCUCCACAUGCAAGAGCCAACAUUGCCGAAUUUCCCCACUUGAAGUCCCGCAGCGGUUAUGUGAGCAUGCUUACAUACAAGAUGGCCAAGGAAGGAUGGUGCCCCAGGGCUCUCAGCACUAUACAGGGGUCGUUCCUCUUAGAGUACCAAUACUUCGCCGCCUUGCUUCCCAACUUACAGAAGGACGGGAAGGACCAUACAGGAUGCACGUCAACGCAAUGCCUUGCAUCUCAAAUUGAAAAGUCUACCUAUCAGACUGCGCACACCCGUGCCGGCUGCAACUGUCAUUUCAGUGGCUUUGAUCCAACGGACCUGGGAAUGAUACUUCAAGACGGCAAACUUCCCCUUGUGGCCUGGGACCACGGAAAGCCAAACUUGAUUGCAGGACAGUUUGACGCGAAAUACGUUGCUAUAUCUCACGUAUGGUCUGAUGGCCUUGGUAAUCCUUACGGAAACUCAAUGCCCGAGUGCCAGCUGAAAACCCUCAACGACCUGGUACAAAACCUCUACCCUAACACAGCCGGGGUUCCAUUUUGGAUAGACACUAUGUGCUGUCCGACGCGUCCGCCAGAGAGCAGAACAAUAGCGAUCCAGAAGAUGAGGGAGACUUACGCAGGCGCGGACAAAGUCCUCGUGCUUGAUAAUACCUUACGGUCGAUCGACAUUACCGGCCGUUCGGUACGCGAGAUUGGCCUUUACAUCGUCUCUUCGAACUGGGCUUCCCGCCUAUGGACUCUCCAGGAAGGAGCCUUGCCCGACAGGGUGCUCUUCCAGUUCUCCAACGCAACGUUCGACGCCGAGACAAUAUAUUCCGCAAUAGGAAGCCCUGGCUCUGAUUUGAUGGGUGGCUGGGGAAAAUCCAUGGACAUUUUCAGGAUCUAUGCGAUCAUCCGUGGAAACGCGAACUUUCUGAAUGUGAUAGGGGAUUCUCCACUGUGCAAUAUCGGAGACUGGGCAGAAGCGUUGGGUACACGAGCCACCAGUGUGAGGGAAGACGAAGCGUUGUGCCUCGCCAGCCUCAUGGAUGUCGACGUGGGAGCAGUCUUGAAGGUCAAUCGCCAGGAUCGCAUGAGGCAGUUCUGGUCACAGCUCAAAUAUAUCUCACAGGAUUGGAUGUAUUUCCCGGGCGCCAGAAUAGACUCGGUCGGCUUCCGCUGGGCUCCCCGGACGCUUCUUGGCACCGCAAUCGACUCGACAUAUCCUGAUGAAAACGCAACCAUCACCAAGGCUGGCCUUCUCGUCAAUGCCUACAGCAUUACCUUCCAAGAUCUGAAUCCACCUCUAUCUUGUUCGUUUGCAGAUGAUCUUUGGAUACGUGGAACAGACGGCGAAUGGACAUACUGCCUCACCAGAAGGCUCCAAUCGUCCGUUCCUGAAAGCAACCAAGGUUUCGGCAUUCUUCAGGAUGGUUCUUAUAGUCACGUUGCAAUAUUAAUGACUGAGGAGAGUAGCAAGAUGAGUUCGAGAGGACACACAAAUGCCGUAAUGGUCUUUGUAACAGAGGAGCGAGAUGGAGUGACGUAUGCACGCCGUGGCGACUCUGGAAACUUGUUUGAAGUGAAUCACCCUUCUCUGGAAGGGACGAACUUCCAGCGAAGACUCAGGAGUAAAAGGGAGGAUCUUCUGGCGUUGACGGCCAACGUGUUGAAAGAGGGGGAAAAUUACCUGCUUGACAACGAGUAUGCUGCUGUCGUUGGGGAUUGUAUCACGGAGAGAAAUCGGUGGUGCAUUGACUAA